UUGUGACCUCUCGUGCAGAAAAAGGACUCUGACCGAGCUGAAUAAUGCCCACGGGUCACAACUUCUCCACGGUGACCAUCAUGCUCCAGAUGUUGGUGAUGUUGUGUUUGCUGUCACUCGUCCUCUCCCAAAUUCCACAUUCCUGGUCUAAAAGAGGAACCAACAUCACCAUCCACUCCUCCCAGCUGGUCUGCAGCUUGCCAGGCCCAAUGGGACCUGGCGGAAACCCUGGAGCCCCAGGAUCACCAGGGCCCAUGGGCCCCAUGGGGUCCCCAGGGACGGAUGGCCCGGAUGGGACGGAUGGAGAGAAGGGAGAAAAGGGACAUCACGGUGAUCCAGGGAGGACAGGGAACCCAGGUAAGCCAGGUAUGAAAGGGCGCGAAGGUGUCAUCGGCAAGGCUGGACCUCGAGGACUGAGGGGACUACGAGGAACACCAGGGGUGGCUGGCAAACGAGGACCUAAAGGAGAACUGGGUGACGUUGGCCAGCAAGGAGCUCCAGGUGGAUGUAAUUGUGGCAGUGCGGCCCGAUCGGCCUUCUCUGUGGCGAUGACCAAGAGCUACCCUAAAGAGCGACUGCCCAUCCGCUUCAGCCGGAUUCUGCUGAAUGAGGGGGAUCACUACAACGCCAGCAGUGGGAAGUUCGUCUGCGCUGUCCCCGGGGUGUACUAUUUCAAAUAUGAUAUCACUCUGGCAAACAAACACCUGGCCAUCGGGCUGGUCCACAAUGGACAGUACAAGAUCAAGACAUUUGAUGCAAACACAGGGAACCAUGAUGUGGCCUCUGGUUCUACUGUUCUCCACCUGCAGCAGUCAGACCAGGUCUGGCUGCAGAUCUUCUACUCGGAGCAGAACGGACUCUUCUUUGACCCUUUCUGGACAGACAGCACCUUCACUGGCUUUCUUAUCUAUGCUGACCAGGACUAUCUCAAUGAGGCUGAUAGAAAAGCUAAUGCUCAGGAGGACGGUUAAUCAGGAGAAAAUCUUAUUUUAUUUAAAUAUUGGUGGAUUUCUUAUCAAACGGUUUUGAAACCAAAAUCUGACACCAGGGGGCACACAAGGAAAGAAAAGUCAACCACAGCGGGGGACCACUUGUUUAAUAACAUUCAAAAGCCCUUUGUUUUAUCUGCAUUAUCAUUCAUUUGCUGACAAAAUAUGUUUGGGAUAUAAUGUAAUCAUAAUAAUUAUCAUCAUCAUUCCUCUGGUUUGUUAUCUAUCUUAGAAUGAGCUCCAAGGUUGGUCAUCAUCAUUCUGCAGAGUUAAAGUCAAACCAACAAUAUGCAAAACACAUUUGAGUGGAGGGGAGCUUUAAGUGAUUCUUCUCAUUAGACGAAUCAAAUAUUUCUAAUUUCAUUAGAUAAUAAUGCUGAUAUAGAAGCAUUGCAUGACAUAGAUA